GCAAACUGUAACAGUAUUAGAUAGUAUUGUGAGUCGACCCCUAUUUGGCGUUAGCCCCUAUUUCAACUUAAACCGGAGUGCACGCUUCAAACAAUCGGGUUUCAAUCCAAGGCGACAUAAUUGGAAUUUACUGAGUUGUCAACAGGAAAUUAUUGAUGUAUACUAAGGUCAUGAGAUUACUAUUUAGAGGUAUCCGACACGGCGUUUGCGGAGUUGCGGAGAUUGAAUGCGGUUUUGCGGACCUCAUUCGACGGAUCAUCCGUCAUGGACCCUCCGCCGCUCCAACUAUUAACCUGGACGACCUGUGAUAUCGCAUUGAUAUGUGGGAACAUUUAUGCCUAGAAAGAAAUUAUAGUAUCAUCAUCUAUGGUUGAUCGGCGUAUAUAACCUCGCAUCAACGUCACAUAGAAUCAUACAUGUUAAUCAUUUGACUUACCUACAUAACUAUCCAUUGCGAUUACUAAGACAACCACAGUCCCUCUUCCAGCUUCAGGAUGACCCUUACAGUUCAUCACCUAGGUGUCUCGCAAUCAGACAGAGUUGUAUGGUUAUGCGAAGAACUUGGUAUCGAAUAUGAAUUCAAGAAAUACGACCGAUCGCCUAUAAUGGCGCCGCCAGAAUACAAGGCGCUGCAUCCGUUGGGGUCGGCCCCUGUUAUUGAAGACGGGGAGGUUAAAAUCGCCGAGUCGGGCGCUUGUGUCGAAUACAUCUCGCAGACAUAUGGGAAUGGAAGGCUCACAAUCGCUCCAGGACAGAAGGGUUAUGCAGAGUAUCUAUAUUGGUUUCACUUCGCAAAUGGGACUUUACAACCUGCAUUGUUGCUCAAUCUGUCACUGUCCCGAUCGGGACUGGGCGAAGAUGAUGAAAUAGUGAAGCGCUAUGAGGGCAGGCAAAAGCAAAUCCUCGAGUUCGUGGAUCGGCGCUUAUCCGAGGUACCCUGGUUCGCUGGUGACCAAUUCACUGUGGCGGAUAUUAUGAACGUAUGCUGCCUCACAACAAUGCGCUGCUUCCUAAAGUAUGAUAUCGGUGGUUAUCCUAACAUCCUCGCAUAUCUCAAACGGGUCGCCGAAAGGGACGGGUAUAAGCGCGCGAUGCAAAAGGGAGAUCCGGAUCAGAACAUUGACGAGUUGACUGGUGCUGCACCUCCCCCUUUACCGAAAGCUUUGGCGGCAGCGGUGCGGGCCCGUUUGUCCUAGGCGCCAGGGCGCUGGGGCGUGUAUAUAAUAAUAUAAAGAGUCGUAAACCCGAUUUGUUGAUGAAUGUGCAAUUUUAAGCCAGAGUCGGAAAGCUGCAUCAACAAAAAGCAAUCGGAAUACGUACCACAGCCAGGUAUGCAGGAAAAUUAUUUUACAUAAUACAUGUACAUGAUAAGGAGAGCUCGGUCCCGAAAUCGUUUAGAAACUGGGAUUGAUUGUUCGUGUAUGACCCUUACUAAUCGGCCUCUUUGCUUUCCAGAACGCGCCAUGCUCGGUAUUUAAUGUCUUAAAAACUCCGCGCCAACAUGUUCAAGAGGGGAGGAUUAG